ACGUUAACAGAUAAAUACUCCAGUCCCUCACUUUCUUUUGCACCUGCAGACCAGAAUAUCGAAAAUGGGUCCAUUUUCGAUCCUAUUUCUCGCUCUGUUAUCCACAACGACCAAUGGGUUCGUUGUUGAAGCGGAAAACGAUGGGGCUUUUGUCGAAAUCAACGAGUUUGAUGAAGUCACUUUGGGAAACAAUCUUUUUACCGUAACUUUCAACUCUAAUGCCACCGCCAAGUCGUUGCAUAAAAACGGAGUGAAUAUUCUGGAGAAUAUUGCCGAGGGCAUGCAAACUUGGUAUCUGGACUGGAAUGGAGAAAGGGCCUAUUUCACACCAUCAUUAGUGGAAAUUGUUAGAAAUACACCCGAACAGGCGCACGUCCGGUUCGUUCAAGAAGCAAAUUAUGAGAGGGAACUGAUGUACAUCGAAUUUCAUAUGGUGGUGUUCCCUGCUCUAAGUGGCAUCUACCAGUACAUCAAACUGUCCAACCCCACUGAUCUAACGGUGGAUUUUGCCGAAUUCCGAACAGUUCACCGCUUCGACCAUGCCCUCAUGCCAAAAGUUAGCAAUAUAAUUCGAAGCGAAGCCACUCCUGAUGUGAGCGGCAGGCCCCUAAUCCAAGACACCACUUGGCAACUAGCUGAUGGCACGUAUUGGUCCAAAUACGAUUUAUGUGGCUACAUCCGAGAGACACCUUGGUUUGGAGUUUAUGGAGGUGGCUUUGGAGGGUGGAUCGUGUCGGCGAGUCGCGAGUACCACUCAGCUGGGCCUUUGAAGCAGGAACUGCUGGUUCAUCAAGACUCUUUAAUGCUCAACUAUUUCCAUAGUACGCAUUUUGGUACUCCCAACCUCCUGGUGCCGCCAGGCUGGUCCAAAUUCUUUGGGCCUUACCUAGUUUACAUCAAUACUGGGUCUGAAGAGGAAGUUCUAGCGGAUGCGGCCAAUCAGGCUCUAAUCGAGCAAUCGCAAUGGCCUUACAGCUGGGUGGAGGAUGAGGAGUACCCCUUGUCCCGCGGAUCUGUGUCAGGAAGAGUAACUGGCCAAACAAAAGCCAUGGUAGUCGUUUACGACGCGGUUGAGCAGCAGUUCGACCUGCAGAAUCUGGGCUAUUUGUUCCACGCGGAAACUAACGAAGAUGGCACUUUCGCCAUUGAAAAUAUCCGUCCGGGCUCCUAUGAUGUCGUAGCCUAUCCAUUGGCUGGGCAUGGAAGCGAAAACUUAGCGAGAAAGAGCAUCACGGUUGAAGCUGGAGGUUUGCGCGACGUAGGUGACUUGGAGCUGCCAGAACCGACGGGAAUUAUUUGGGCGAUAGGAGAAACCGACCGUAAAAGCGAUGGGUUUCGGUACAGCCAUGAGCUGCGCAACUUUUACUGGCAUCUGGUUACGCCAAAAAAACUGCAAUUUGUCGUCGGACAAAGCAACCAUUCCCGGGAAUGGUACUACUCGCAAAGUGAAGGAGUGUGGCAAGUGGUUUAUGAGGACCAGCCGGACAAUCAGGGCAGAAUUUUGCGAUUGGCCAUUGCUGCUGCUACGGGUUCUUUGAUUUUCAACGUAACAACCGCCCAUCUGCAGGUUGAAGUGAACGACGUUGCUCUCGCUGACUUUGAGUUCGACAAUGAUAAAGCCGUCUACAGGGACGCGCUGCAAAGUGGAAAUUUCUUCUGGGAAAAAAUUACUGUGCCUGCUGAAACGGUGAUUGAUGGAGAAAACGUGCUGUCUUUAAGGGUUACGCGCGGAUCUAUUAUGUAUGAUGCCAUCAGUUUAGCCAGGGAGGCAGCCUAGUUUAUUUGAAAAUUUUGGCAAUCACGACUUUGAAGAAAUAUUGAUCUUUGAAAAAAAUCCGAGUGAAGUUUCAGUUUAUAGUGUUUCAAUUAUAUAGUUAAUGUUGCAUCCGAAGUGAUCAGGAAGGGUUCAGCAAACUACUCACUGCAAACGUCAUAUUCUUUAUGAAUUAAUGAAUGUUUUCUGAGUCACCUCACCUUAAAGGAAUCAAUCAUGAAAUUAACUUUCAUGUGCCAUAUUUUACCACAAGCGAACAAUUUCUGC